AUGAAGGUGUUACUCUUUUUGUUCUCUUUCAUUUUUUUCGUUACCAAAUGUCAAUGUGAAACUGAAGAUUAUAAACAGCUUCUAGUCAAGCUAGACAAGCUAGAGGCGCUCGUGGUGGAUGGCUACGAGCUCUUCCAAAAAAAAAAGUUAGAAGUAAAAGAUAUUCCUGUAGAUAACAAUGCUAAUGAAAAUAAUGUUAAUAGCUUAGCUUACAAAAUAAGAGAUUUCGUGGGCAAGUUUUUGGAGCUACAAAUUCCUGGACAUACCAACUUGCUACACAUGAUAAGAGAACUAGUCAUGGACAACAAUGGGCUAAAAUAUCUUGUGGAGAGCUACGAGGAAUUCAACCAACUGAUGCAUGUGAUAAACUUCCACUAUGAUUUGUUGAGGGCGAAACUCAACGACAUGUGCGCCCAUGAGUAUUGCAAAAUACCUGAGCACCUAAAAAUCUCUGAUAAGGAGCUGGACAUGCUGAAGAAAAUUGUGCUGGGUUAUAGGAAGCCCCUGGACAACAUAAAGGACGACAUUGGAAAAAUGGAGGCCUUCAUCACUAAAAACAAGGACACAAUAAAAAAAAUAAACGAUUUAAUUACUGCGGAGAAUGUUAAAAGGAAUGGCCAUCAAAUCAACAAUGUUAAUAGCACCGGCGGGUCAACCGAUGGUAGUCAAAUUGCGACAGCCAAUACGGAAACUUCUGGAAGUUCUAGUUCGACUGGCCCUGGUUCGACUGGCACUGGUCCUGCUGGCACUGGUUCAACUGGCACUGCAUCACCUUCUACAGCUGGAACCUACGAGGAGAAGAAAAACAUCUUCCAAGCCAUAUACAACAUAAUAUUUUACACGAGCCAGCUGGAGGAGGCACAAAAGUUAAUCGAAGUCCUGGAGAAGCGCGUGAAAGUGCUGAAGGAGCAUAAAAGCAUCAAGGCGCUACUCGACCAGGUCGCAACAGAAAAGGGAAAUCUUCCUAGUACUAAUCCUCCCACUGCAAGUCUUACAGAUGCGCAGAAAGAAGCCCAAAAGAAAAUUGCCGACCUCGAGAAGCAAAUCGUAGCCAUCGCCAAGACGGUGAACUUCGACAUGAGCGGCCUGUUCACGAACGCGGAGGAAUUGGAGUACUACUUGAGGGAGAAGGCAAAGAUGGCCGGCACGCUAAUCACCCCCGAAAGCACCAAGUCAGCAAUCACCACCGAAAAGACAGUUCCAACCAUGAAAGAGACUUACCCACACGGAAUAACCUACGCUCUACCAGAAAGCACCAUUUUCGAACUGAUACAAAAAAAUGCAUCCGAGGAGACAUUUGGUGAUUUGCAAAAUCCGGAUGAUGGAAAACAACCAAAGAAAGGAAUCAUCAUUAGUGAACACAAGAGAAAAGAGUUGCUGGACAAAAUUAUAAAUAAAAUUAAACUAGAAGAAGACAAAUUACCCGACCUAAAAAAAGAAUACGACGAGAAAAUUAAGGCGUACGAGAAGAAGGUUGAGGACUUCCAACCAACACUUCAUCAUUUUUAUGAAGGAAGACUGGAAAACACCCUUGAUGGAGACAAAUUUGAUCAGUUUAAGGCCAAGAGGGAGGAAUAUAUGAAGGAGAAAAAAGAACUAGAGAAAUGCACCUACGAACAGAACGCGAAUCUGAUUAACAAGCUGAAAAAACAACUGACCUAUUUGGAGGACUAUAACUUAAGGAAAGAUGUCGCCAACGAUGAAAUUAACUACUUUAGCACUAUGGAGUGGAAACUAAAGAACGAAAUUUAUGAGCUAUCUAAGGAAAUUAGAAAAAACGAAAGCAAACUCACCGUGGAAAAGAAGUUCGACUUCUCCGGGGUUGUGGAACUACAAGUACAGAAAGUGUUGAUAAACAAAAAAAUCGAGGCUCUAAAAAAUGUCCAGAACCUUCUUAAGAAUGCCAAGGUGAAGGACGACCUGUACAUUCCAAAGGUGUACAAGACUGGCGAGAAACCAGAGCCCUACUACUUGAUUGUCCUCAAAAAGGAGAUUGACAAAUUGAAGGACUUUAUCCCGAAAAUUGAGACCAUGAUCACCACUGAGAAGGCCAAGUCGGGCACGGAAGCGGUACAGAUCAAGGGACAAUCACUUAGAGGAGCAAGUGAAACAGGGGUAACACCAACACCACCGGCACCAGCACCAGCACUAUCACCAGCAGUAGGAGCAACAACACAAACAGCACAAGGAGCAGCAACACCAGGAGCAGCAGCAGCAACAACAACAACAACAGGAGGAGGAGAAACACAAGCAGCAGGAGUAGCAGCAGGAGUAGAAGCACCAGAAGGAGCAGAAUCACAACCAGCAGGAGCAGCACCACAACCAGCAGGAGCAGCACCACAACCAGCAGGAUCAGCACCACAACCAGCAGGAGCAUCACCACCAGUAGCACCUGAAGAACCAGUUGGUCCAGUAACCCCAGUAACCACACCACAACCGACUAGCCAACCCGCAGCACCUACAGCACCUGCAGCACCAACCAUGUCCAAACUGGAAUACCUCGAAAAACUCCUGGAUUUUUUAAAAUCCUCUUACGCAUGUCACAAGCACAUCUUUGUGACCAACUCCACCAUGAACAAGGAACUACUGAAGAAGUACGAACUUACGGAUGAUGAGAAAAACAAAAUUAAGCAAAGCACAUGCGAUGAGCUGGACCUCCUAUUCAAUGUUCAGAACAACUUGCCAGCCAUGUACUCUAUAUAUGACACCAUGAUCAACGACUUGCAGAACCUUUACAUUGAGUUGUACCAGAAGGAAAUGCUUUACAACAUAUAUAAGAACAAAGACACGGACGCGAAGAUUAAGGCUUUCCUGGAAACAUUAACGAGCAAUGCGGCUGCUGCGGCGGCGGCCCCUGCUGCUGCCGUGGUCCCUGCUGCUUCGGCAGCCCCUGCUGCGGUGGCCCCUGCUGAGCCAGCGGAAAAUCUCAACGAGGAAGUGGUUACUGAUCAAGCAAACGCCACGACAACAGUUCCAGGUACCCCAGAGUCAGCUGUAACAAACACACAAACUACACCCCCAGCAGAAGGAGAGCUAGCCGUGAGUGGUAGCAGCGAGGAGGAACCAGAAGUCAAGAUUGAGGAACUGAAAAAUAUUUACGAAAAGCAUCUUUCCCAAAUAGACAAUUACAACGAUUAUUUCAAGAAGUUCUUGGAAUCCCAAAAAGAGAAUAUCACCAAAAUGGAUGACACACAGUGGAAAGCAUUAGGUGUUGAAAUUGAAGAACUGAAGAAAAAAAUACAAGUAUCUCUGGACCACUAUGAAAAGUACAAACUCAAAUUGGAUAGAUUCAUGAAGAAGAAAAAUAAAAUUUCUAAUAGCAAGGAACAAAUUAAAAAACUCACAAGUUUGAAAAACAAAUUACAAAGAAGACAAAACCUAUUGAAUAACCCAACAAGUGUAUUAAAAAAUUACACCGUUUUCUUCAACAAGAAGAGGGAAGCAGAAAAGAAGGAAGUAGAAAAUACACUUAAGAACACGGAAAUUUUGUUGAAGUACUAUAAGGCACGAGCCAAAUAUUACAUAGGUGAACCCUUUCCAUUGAAGACCUUAAGUGAAGAGUCAAUGCAGAAGGAAGACAACUAUCUAAACUUAGAAAGGUUUAGAGUGUUGAGCAGAAUGGAAGGAAGACUUGGAAAUAACAUCGACUUGGAGAAGGAGAACAUUAGCUACCUUUCCAGUGGAUUGCACCACGUCUUUACAGAACUGAAGGAAAUUAUCAACAACAAGAGAUACUCCGGUAACGACCACGCCAAGAACACUGCAGCAGUUAAGGUCGCGUUGCAGGCCUACCAAGAAUUGCUCCCCAAGGUGACCACUCAGGAAGGCGCAUCCGUACCAGCAGGAGGAGCAGCACCAGUAGUAGCAGCACCAGCACCAGUAGUAGCAGGACCACCGGCAGGAGGAGCAGGAGGAGCAGGAGCAGGACCAGUAGAAGGACCAGCAGCACCAGGAACAGUAGCACCAGCAGGAGCACCAGGAGUAGCAGCAGGAGGAGCAGGAGCAGAACCAGCACCAGGAGCAGUAGUACCAGGAGCAGGAGCACCAGAGGCAUCAGUAACAACACCAGGAGAAACAGGGGAAACAGGAGUAGUAGCAGCACAGGACUACGCCGAGGACUACGACAAAGUAAUCGCGCUUCCCCUGUUCGGCAACAACGAUGACGACGGCGACGACAAGGAGGCAGACCAAGUAACAAUGGGAGAGGCAGAAAGUGAGGCACCUGAAAUUAUCGUACCACAAGGAAUAAACGAGUACGAUGUGGUCUACAUAAAGCCAUUAGCCGGAAUGUACAAAACUAUAAAGAAGCAACUGGAGAAUCACGUGAACGCACUCAACACUAACAUAAUCGACAUGUUAGAUUCUAGAUUGAAGAAGAGAAACUACUUCUUAGAUGUGCUAAACUCUGACUUGAACCCAUAUAAGUAUUCCUCAUCCGGCGAGUACAUCAUUAAGGACCCAUACAAGCUAUUAGAUUUGGAGAAGAAGAAGAAGCUCCUGGGCAGCUACAAGUACAUCGGCGCAUCGGUCGACAAGGAUAUGGUCACCGCGAACGACGGUCUGGCGUACUACCAAAAGAUGGGUGACCUGUACAAGAAGCACUUGGAUGAAGUGAAUGAACAGAUUAAGGAAGUCGAAGCGAAUAUUAACAAACAAGAUGCGGAGAUUAAAAAGAUAGAAAGUGAUACCAGUAAAACUGCUCAAAAGAACCAAUUGAAUGCCAAAAAGGAAGAGUUGCAGAAGUACCUCCCAUUCCUGAGCAGCAUCCAAAAGGAGUACAACACCCUCGUGAACAAAGUGCACAGCUACACCGACACCCUAAAAAAAAUCAUAAACAACUGCCAGAUAGAGAAAAAAGAAACUGAAACCAUUGUAAAUAAAUUGGAGGACUACAGCAAAAUGGACGAGGAGUUGGAUGUGUACAAGAAAUCGAAGAAAGAAGAUGAUGUGAAAUCUUCCGGUCUUCUGGAAAAAUUGAUGAACUCAAAAUUGAUUAAUCAAGAAGAGUCCAAGAAAGCAUUGUCCGAGCUGUUAAAUGUGCAAACUCAGAUGUUGAAUAUGAGUUCCGAACAUAGGUGUAUAGACACCAAUGUGCCUGAGAAUGCAGCCUGCUAUAGAUACUUGGACGGAACGGAAGAAUGGAGAUGCUUGUUAUACUUUAAAGAAGACGCAGGCAAAUGUGUGCCAGCACCGAAUAUGACUUGUAAGGAUAAAAAUGGUGGUUGUGCCCCUGAAGCUGAAUGUAAAAUGAAUGACAAAAAUGAAAUCGUGUGUAAAUGUACUAAAGAAGGUUCUGAGCCACUGUUUCAGGGAGUUUUCUGUAGCUCCUCCAGCUUCCUAAGCUUGUCCUUCUUGUUGCUCAUUUUGCUUUUCCUCCUUAGCAUGGAGCUUUAA